CUUCAGCAUGCAACGGUUGCUCUGGCCGCCCUUGAAGGCCUUGACUGGACGUCCGUGUCUCCGGCUCCUGGUUCCUAGGACGGCGCCGAGAGCACAGCGUGGUUGCAGCUGUGGGAUCAGGCGCUCUCUGAGGCCAGGGCAGUACAGCACCGUCUCUGAAGUUACUUUGCAAUCUGGAAGGCAUACGGUGGCCCUGCCCUCCAAGGCUGCUGAGCGAGUGGUGGGCCGAUGGCUACUGAUCUGCAGUGGAACAGUGGCUGGAGCAGUUAUUCUUGGUGGAGUGACUAGGUUGACAGAGUCUGGCCUCUCGAUGGUAGAUUGGCAUUUAAUAAAGGAGAUGAAGCCACCUGCAAGCCAAGAGGAAUGGGAAGCAGAAUUCCGAAAAUACCAGCAGUUUCCAGAAUUUAAAAUCUUGAAUCAUGAUAUGACAUUGGCAGAAUUCAAGUUCAUCUGGUACAUGGAGUACUCACAUCGAAUGUGGGGGCGCCUUGUAGGCCUAGCAUACAUCCUGCCGGCUGCCUACUUUUGGAGAAAGGGCUGGCUCAGCCGUACCAUGAAAGGACGUGUUCUUGCUCUCUGUGGCUUGGUCUGCUUCCAGGGUCUGUUAGGAUGGUAUAUGGUGAAAAGCGGAUUGGAAGAAAAACCAGACUCCCAUGACAUCCCUCGAGUCAGUCAGUACCGCCUCGCUGCACACCUGGGAUCAGCCCUGGUUCUGUAUUGCGCCAGCCUGUGGACCUCGCUGUCACUGCUGCUCCCACAGCACAAGUUACCUGAAACGCGGCAGCUCCUACGAUUGAGACAGUUUGCUCAUGGAACGGCAGGCUUAGUGUUCCUGACAGCACUCUCAGGGGCUUUUGUGGCAGGACUGGAUGCUGGGCUUGUUUACAACUCCUUUCCCAAGAUGGGGGAGUCCUGGAUCCCAGAGGAUCUCUUCACCUUCUCACCCAUCCUGAGGAAUGUGUUUGAGAAUCCCACCAUGGUGCAGUUUGAUCACCGUGUUCUGGGGAUCAGCUCCGUCACUGCCAUUACAGCACUUUAUUUCCUCUCCCGGAGAAUUCCCCUUCCUCAGAGGACCAGAGUGGCAGCAGUGACUCUGCUGGCUUUGGCGUAUACGCAGGUAGGUUUGGGCAUCAGCACUCUGCUGAUGUAUGUUCCAACCCCUUUGGCUGCUACUCACCAGUCGGGCUCCUUGGCUUUGCUCAGUGUUGCCCUUUGGCUCAUGAGUGAACUUCGACGAGUCCCAAAAUGAUUCUGAGGAUCAACUUCCUAGGACUGAAAGUAUUAUCUUUGAGAACUGAUCAGAGAGCAAGAACUUGGGCUUUUCUUAAGAGGAUGACCUUAUAUAUCAAGUAGCUUCCAAGUUAUUUAAAACCUGUUGCCUAUUUUUGAGACAGAGUUACUAGCUCAAGAGUGUUAUUACAUAUGGUUAACACUAAAGAUUCUCUUUUUAAUGAUGC